AUGGAUUCUAUAUAUGAUUUUACGAUUUGUAGCUCUCCAGUAAAACAACUAUCUCCAAUUCAAAAGGAUCUGAUUAGAUCUAAAAUUAUUAAAGAAACUCCACAAAGAUUUUAUUCGAACCAAAAUAUUUUUAAUAAACAAUUAAAUGUUUUAACAAAUUCAUAUUCAAUCGAUAAUAACAACACUAUCCAUGAAAAUUAUCAUAAUAAAUUUAAACAAAAUAAAAAUAUCUAUCAUAAUACCCAUAGAAAGACUACUACUAAUCGUAAUGAUCAAAACACAUCGAUUUUUAUUGAGAAUCCAAUCUUAAACAAAUUUAUUGAUAAGUCGAUUAAUAAAGAAUUUGAAUUUCAUAAGUUAAUUAUUAAUAUUAUUUCAUUAUUUAUAAUAACUUUAUUUAUUAAGGUCUUUAAAUUGGUUUAUCAUAUUUUUAAUAAUCAUAAUAUUAGUAGUAACAUAUUCUUUUAUUAUUUUAAUUAUAAUACCACUAAUAACGAUAAUUUGAAUACUUUGAAUUUUUAUCUGAUUAAACUCAUUAAACUGUUUCAAAUGUUAUUUAAUAAUAUCGAUAAUAUCAAAUAUUUAAUUAAUUCAAUUAUAUCUUUUAAUAUUAUGGUUUCAUUAAUAAAAUUAUUAUCAUAUUCAAAAACUAGCAGUAAUGAUAGAAAUAGUAGUAAUAACUAUAAUAAUAAUAAUAAUAAUAAUAAUAAUUUCAAUACUUCUAAUAUUAAGUCAUACAAUCUUUCCGAUAGACAAAAAGAUUUGCUAGGUUUAAAUCAGGAUGAAGCAUGUAAUAAUUAUAAGAAUAGUAAUCAAUCUUUAAUGAAGAAACCGUACGAAGUUCAAUUAAAUAAUAACUUGCUACCUAGUCAUAAUAACAAUAAGAUUAAUAGAGUUACUGAAGAUUCGGAGAGUCAGGGAAAUAACCUAGUUCCAAAAACACCAUAUAUAUUUAAAUCUUUGAGGACUCCAUUAAAAAAGGAUCUUCAAUUACAAUCUCAACAAGAUAAUAAAUUUAUUCAAUCUACAUUUAGCAAUCAUUUAAAAGACAAUACCAAUAGCACAUUUAAUGUUACUAAUACUACUACGACUAAUAAUAGCAAUAAUCUCAACACUUUUACUACUAUGGAAACUCCAACAUUGUCCAAUAACAAAAAAAUCGGUUAUAUUCCCAGUAAUAAAUAUGCAUAUUUAAUGGAUUCACCUAGUCCAAUAAAAAAAAAUUAUAGAUAA